CAUUAGAAUUGUCAAAAUAAAAUAGACACUUAUACUUAUAUUACGUUUAUCAAAACCGAUAUAAUUGAGCACGUUAAUUUACGCGGCGAAUAUUUUUAGAGUCCAUAAAAAUGGCCAAUGAAGCUGAGGACACAAUUCGAAAACUGUCGACGUACAAAGGCGUGGUUGGCGUCGUCGUUGUAAACGGAGAAGGAAUACCGAUAAAAACCACUUUAGAUAAUCACAUUUCCGUACAAUACGCGGGCCUAUUGACCGCGUUGGUGGACAAAGCGAAAACUGUCGUGCGAGACCUGGAUCCGUCUAAUGACUUGACAUUUUUGAGGAUAAGAAGCAAAAAAAGCGAAGUAAUGGUGGCGCCCGAUAAAGAAUUUAUAUUAAUAGUAGUUCAAAAUCCUGUUGAGUAAUUUGAAAUUUACUAAGUAUUACCACCUGUUUUGGUUGAAAGGUCAAUUUUUUUUUUAAAAUAAAUAUCCUUCACUUAGAUUAAUUAGUACGGCAGUUUGAGACAAAUUUCAUAGAAUUAUUAAGACAGAAUAAAAGCUGCAUUUAGAA